UAAAAGGACCCGCCGCGAGCCGCUCAGCUACAUCAGUCCCGCAGGGCAGCAGUGAUCCGUACGCCAACCACCCAGCCAACAACCAUCAACCAUGAAGGCCGCUCUCGUGAUCCUUUUCGCCGUCGCCGUGUGCGCCCAGGCUGUUGAAAACAAGGAGGCGACCGCAGAAAAGAAGCAAGAGAAGAGGGGACUGCUGGGUCUGGGAUACGGUGGCUACGCAGCUGCUCCGGCCUACGCAUACGGAGCUCACUCGAUUGGCUACGCCGCCCCUGCCGUCAGCUACGCCGCCCCCUCAGUGAGCUACGCCGCCCCCUCCGUCAGCUACGCCGCCCCCGCCGUCAGCUACGCCGCCGCCGCACCUGCCUACACCGCAUACACGGCCGCCGCCCCCGCAGUUAGCUACGCCGCACCCGCCGUCAGCUACGCCGCCCCCGCCGUCUCCUACGCGGCCCCCGCCAUCGCAAGAGUAGCCGCCGCCCCCGCUGUGUCCUACGCGGCUGCCCCCGCUGUGUCCUACCAUGCUGCUGCCCCCGCCAUCUCUUACGCGGCACCUUCCUACUCCUACGCUAGUGGGGGCGGGUGUGAGGCGGCUGGCUCACCAUUCCGGUGGAACCAGUCGCUGCGGCUGCCGGCGUCCGGUAUAAAAGGACACAGCUCGGCUCCAGACGGCACCACUAGCUUUCAGCUGCAGAUACAGUCGCCGCAGACCCACAACCACCAACCACCAAACACCAUGAAGGCCGCUCUGGUUCUGCUGUUCGUCGCCGCUGCCUGCGCUCAGGCUGUGGACAACAAGGAGGCCACUUCUGAGAAGAAGCAGGAGAAGAGAGGCCUGCUGGGUCUGGGAUACGGCGCCGCCGUCGCUGCACCCGCUGCCGUGAGCUACGCUGCUCCUGCCAUCGCUGCCGCCCCCGCCAUCAGCUACGCCGCCCCCGCUAUCGCCGCCGCCCCUGCUAUCAGCUACGCCGCUCCCGCGAUCGCCGCGGCCCCCGCCGUCAGCUACGCCGCCCCUGCCAUCGCUGCUGCCCCCGCCAUCAGCUACGCCGCCCCCGCCGUGAGCUACGCCGCCCCUGCUCUGAGCUACGCUAGGUACGCCCCCGCUCUGAGCUACGCCGCUGCCCCCGCCAUCUCAGCUGCGGCAGCCGCCACCGACACACUCACGUGCACACAUCUGCUCAGGAAACUUCUUCCCCUCGUCGCGGAGCCCAAUACACGCCAGCUCACCAUGAAGACCGCCAUUGUCAUCCUGUUCGCUGUAGCCGCCUGCGUGCAGGCCGCUGAAAACAAGGAGGCGACCGCUGAGAAGAAGCAGGAGAAGAGGGGACUCCUGGGUCUGGGAUAUGGAGGAUACGGGUAUGGCGCCGCCAUCGCCGCUCCGGCAGCGGUUGGCUACGCCGCCGCUCCCGCCAUCGCUGCCGCCCCCGCUGUCAGCUACGCCGCCCCCGCCAUUGCUGCCGCCCCCGCUAUCAGCUACGCCGCCCCGGCCAUCGCUGCUGCUCCUGCAGUCAGCUACGCCGCUCCUGCCAUUGCUGCUGCUCCUGCAGUUAGCUACGCCGCCCCCGCGAUCAGCUACGCCGCCCCCGCAAUCGCAGCUGCCCCCGCAAUUUCCUACGCCGCCCCUGCCAUCGCCGCUGCUCCCGCCAUCUCGUACGCUGCUGCGCCAGCCCUGAGCUACGCGAGGUACGCUUCUUCCCUGAGCUAUGGUGCCUAUGGUGCUUAUGGUGCGUCCUACUCCAGAUACGCCCUGCACUAAAUGGAACCACCCGAUCUAUACAUCAGGUUGGCGGCACUGAAUUCCGGAGUGCAGCAUUUUCAACGACUGUUACCAAAACGCAGGACGUGCUCAAAGUACACCAUGUGACAUAUACACUCAUAGUUAAAUAAAUUUUUUCAAACAAAAGAA